GUGUCCCUUCGGAAGAUGGCGGCGGCGAGGAAGUUGUGGGGAGUAGUCGCAUUAAGCAGACUGCUGCAGGGGAGGACGUUCCCGUGCGGUUGGAACAGACGGUGGCAUUUCAACACCGGGAUGUUCGCAAAGAAAGUAUCUGCGUUACGGAUGAUUUUCCUGGGGAUAAUCUUCAGUAUUCUGUUCAGGCACCUGAACAGUUCAUGCAGUAUCACAGAGUAUGAAUUUAAGGACAUCUGUUGUCCAAAAUGUGAACCAGGUUCGUAUGUUGAAGAACACUGCACAGAGUAUGGUGGAACAAUUUGUCAUUCCUGCAAUACUGGUACCUAUCAAGACAGUUUAAAUGCAGAUGAGGACUGCCUUAAAUGUACCAUUUGUGGAGAAGGAACAUAUGAAAUCCUGGCUUGUUCUUCUACUCGGGACACAGUAUGUGACUGCACAGAAGGAUUCUACUGCACCAAUAUCACCAGGGACGGUUGUCGGGAAUGUUUGAAACAUAGGCACUGCCCGCCAGGACAGCAGGUGAUCAGGAGAGCUCCCAUCAGAAUAUUUUACCUUUGCAGUUCCUUAGCUCUAUCCACAAUGAUUCCGGGGACAGCGACUCAAACCCAGCGGCCUCUCCGACGGCGGCAUCAUGAACCGAGAGGCCCCUCCGAGGGCGGCGACUCGAACCGAGAGGCCCCUCCGAGGAGAGUGACCACUUGCUCUCCUCCACGAACUUACAGGAGAAACACAGAAUGUGGUCCAUGUGCAAAUGGCAACUGUUUUUCUGAAGGAUCAUCUGAAAAAGUGACAAAAUUGACUGAGACUAGAAGUAUCACUGCAAAUGCAACAAAUGUGGAGUAUAAUCAAACCACUGUGAUAACAUUAUCAGUCAUUGUGGUCUUUUUAAUUCUACUUUGCAUAUUUUUUUCAUGGAAACAAAUUUUGAAAUAUUUUGGCUUAACUAUGGGAUGCUGGUUAAAGGGGAAGCCGGGUAACAUUGGUAAUCCCAAUCCAAUUCUCCAAGAAUCAGUGGAAGAGCAGGGACAACAUACCAAGAACAUAAAUUGUGCAACUUUUUCAGUGGAGGAGUCAACAUAUUUCAUCACUCCAGACUCUGACUUGAAAGAUGACCAACUGUGCGGCAGAGGAAAGAGCACCAAGUACUUAGAACUGAAGCUGGAUCAGCAUGAGAUGAAAUUAGAAGUUCAUACAAUUUCGGCCAUCAAGUCAUCCGGCUCUGUGGAACCUUUUUGGAAUGAUAUUUGAUUAACAGUCAUUCAGCAAGAACAUGGAAACCACUAUCUUUGUUCAAAACAUCAUUUUACUUAAUUUGCGUCGGUUUCCUUUUUAAGAUCUUACUCAUUGUACAGUCAGCCUUCCUUAUCCGCGGAUUCUGCAUGCACGGAUUCAACCAACUGUAGAUCAGGAGAACCCAGAAGUUCUCUCUCCAGCGCUCGUUGUUUGAGCACGUACAGACUAUUUUUUGUCAUUUUCCCUAAGCAAUACAGUAUAACAACUAUUUGCAUAGCAUUUACAUUGUAUUAAGUAUUAUAAGUAAUCUAGAGAUGAUUUAAAAGUACAGGCAGCCCCCGGGUUAUGAACGAGUUCCGUUCCUGAGUCCGUCUUUAAGUCGGAUUUGAAGUCAGGAACAUCCGGUAUUAUGUAGCCUGAGUUAGUAAAACAUUUGGCUUAGUAUAUAUUUUACCUUUCAAUGCAUAUAAAACACUUAAGAAACAUAUGUAUUUCAAUAAUUAAACCACUGCUUUGCUUGGUAAUAAUUGUAGCUUUCAUUGGGGCAGGGCCUUUCAAAUGCUCCAUUAAAAUUGUUCUGAUCAUUGACCAACAUAGCCUAACACUUUUCCAAUGACCGAUGGCGCUUCACCUCUUUCUAAUCGCUUUAUUAUUUCCACUUUAUUUUCAAUCGUGAUUGUGAUUAUUUUCGUGAACAGAAACACUGUGGAUUCAGAGGUCCGCCACCAGGUCCUAAUGUCCACCGCAUUGAGACAGGUUAAAUAAGGUCCGGGGUUCUGCUGGGUCCUAAAGACCACCGAAUUGAGACAGGUCAAAUAAGGGACUUGAGCAUCUGCGUUUUUUGGUAUUUGCGGGGGGGUUCUGGGACCAAUCCCCCACGGAUAAGGAGAGCAAACUGUAUAGUUUUAUAAAAAAUUAAGACUAUUCCUAUGGCAAAUUAAUUUCUACUAAUAAUUGUACUAUCAUUUUAAAAAUUGUUAAAGUAUGAUACAUCAUUUAAUAUCAGUGUCACUUGUGGAUUUUUGUUUUAUAAAUCUAAGAUUUUUAUUUGUGA